CGAGUAGAGAUCAAGCUUCGUUUAAAACAAUUUGAAAAUGACAAUGGUCAGGAAGGAAAGGGAGAGAACAGCAGAAAUGUUGAAGAGUCUCGUAUUCCCAAUAUUGGCGGUUCUCGUCGCCGGAGAAUCAGCCCCACCCGGGACCAACAAAUUGGAGACCUCGGUUCCUGCUGAUCGUUCGGCUUUUGGAUCACCAGCACCGAUUGAGACUGUUCCCCAUCAGGUGUUUGUUAGUAGUAAGGGAUUAGACUGCGGUGGUAGUAUCAUUUCCGAAGAAUGGAUCCUCACGGCAGCCCACUGCAUCGAGGAUCUCAAAACAGUUGAUAAGGACAUGUCCAUCCGGGCCGGUUCGACACACUGGGGAAGUGGCGGACAGGUCGUCGGCGUCCAGGAGGCGAUACCUCACGAGAAGUAUCUGGAAUAUGUUCAGAAUGAAGAAAAGAAAUACCUGUACGAUAUCGCUUUGCUCCGGCUGAAGAGUCCUCUUCAGGUAGGGCCCACCUGCAAGCCAAUUACUCUGUUCGAUAAGGAUGAAAAAAUCGCAGAUUAUUCCGACGCGUGUAUCAGCGGAUGGGGAUUAACCGAGGACAGUAAGGUGCAAGACGUUCUUAAUCUCGCUCAUUUGCAAGUUCUUCCUGUGGAUGAUUGCAUGGAGUCGGCCGAACCGGCGAUGGCCAGAGGACUUAGAUUUUGCGCCACAGAUAAGGAACAACCAAUGGCUGGGUGUAAUGGUGAUUCAGGGGGUCCUGUGGUUGUCGAUGGACGUUUAGCUGGGGUCAUUUCUUUGGGCUCCCAGUUAUGUAAUCAUACUGCUGAUGGCGUUUCUACUGUCAGCAUGUCGGUCGCGCAUUACCGCGACUGGAUCAAGGAAAAAUGCAACGUGUGAACGAGUUACAGAAUCGACUUUGCUCUCCUUAUCACCUUGGAUAGUCCAAGAUGGUCUAACGUGCUCGAUUCUUCUGCAUACAACUCAAGUAUGCUCUAACAAUAAGGGUGUCGAUAAUGUAUCAAAGCUUAAAUAAAGUAAUUGCAGCAAUAGAA